AUGCAUAACUCAUUCAAAGCUGAUAUUUCAUGUUUACUUCUACCUACAAUUAAUAAAGGUUUACCAUUCCAGUCAUUCGACCUUUCAAAUUUAAAUAUUCCUUCCAAUUUGAGGUUAGCUGAUCCUGGUUUAUCGGUUUCUUCAAAGAUUGAUAUUCUAAUUGGUGCUGAAUGGUUCUACAAUUUAUUAUGCAUUGGUCAGUUCCGCUUAGGACCUAAUUUACCUACGUUACAAAAAACUGUUCUAGGAUGGGUAGUCUCUGGAAAAUUAUACAAUGAUCCUAUUGCUGCGCAAUCCAUGUGCAAUUUUAGUACAAGUUCAAACGACGAAAUCUAUUCUUUAUUGAAAAGGUUCUGGGAAGUCGAAGAAACUGUUCCACCUGGUUCAAAUGUGAAAUUCUCCUCAGAUGAACAGCUUUGCGAGGACAUAUUUUCUAAAACAACCGAGCGAAAAGACGACGGUAGAUUUAUUGUUCAUAUUCCCUUAAAAUGCGAUCCUAUUAUUCUAGGUGAUUCUCGUGAAAUUGCUACCAAAAGAUUCUAUUCUUUGGAGAAGAAAUUGAAUCGUGAACCAAAGUUAAAGGAAGAAUAUGCAGCAUUUAUGAACGAAUAUAUUCAACUUGGUCAUAUGCGAGAAAUAUCUAAAAUUGACGAACAUUCUAAUUCUGGUUUUCUGCCACAUCAUGCAGUUGUUAACGAAAAUAAUCAAACUACUAAGCUUAGGGUUGUGUUCGAUGGCUCGGCACAAACUGAUAAUGGAAUUUCUUUUAAUAGUUUGCAGCUAGUUGGUCCUACCAUUCAGGAUAAUCUUUUUUCCAUUUUAUUAAGAUUCCGACAGGGGCCUAUUGUCAUCUGUGCGGAUAUUGUUAAAAUGUAUCGGCAGAUAGAGAUUCAUAGAUCACAAAAACAUCUCCAAAAUAUUCUAUGGCGUUUCGAUUCUUCAGAGGAAUUAAAAACUUUCGAAUUACAAACAGUAACUUACGGUACUGCAUCAGCUCCUUGGUUAGCUACAAGAUGUUUAAAGCAAUUGACCAUAGAUUAUUCCAAAAUAUUCCCACAAUCAUCUCAUUUCGUGGCAUCCAAUUUCUAUAUGGAUGAUUUGUUGAUAAGUUGCAAUUCAGAAAGUGAGGCGUUAACAAUAUGUGACGAAAUUUCAAAAAUACUUUCUUCAGGCUGUUUUCAACUUCAAAAAUGGGCAACUAAUAGUACCAAAAUUCUUCAGCACAUUCAAAAUCCUUCUACUAUUCUUAAAAUUGGCAAGGAUCAACGAACCAAGAUUCUAGGUUUGUAUUGGUCUUAUGAAGACGAUCAGCUAAUGUACACUAUUGCUGAUUUUAUCAGUUUAAAUAAGUUUACCAAGCGUACUAUAAUGUCUGAUAUAGCUCAGAUUUUUGAUCCCUUGGGACUCUUGGGCCCAUGUAUCAUUUUAGGAAAAAUUCUUCUUCAAUCACUUUGGUCCUUAAAGCUUGACUGGGAUGAGUCUCUUCCAGCUACUAUAGACAAUCAAUGGCGGCAAUUACGGCAAGAACUACCAGUACUUAACAUUUUAAAAAUACCCAGAUUUGUUUCAAAUACGUCAAUCGUUAAGUUGGAGUUACACGGGUUUGCCGAUGCCUCUUUACAAGCAUAUGGCGCAUGUCUAUACAUUCGUAGUAUAUCUUCCAGCGGAGAGAUUCAGGUAAAGCUUUUGACAGCUAAAAGUAGGGUUAGUCCUCUAAAAUCGUUAACAAUUCCAAGAUUAGAACUGUGCGGUGCUCUCUUGUUAGCACAGCUAGUUGAUCGAGUGAAAAAUUCAAUGACUUUUACUUUUGAUGAUAUAUUUCUUUGGUGCGAUUCCACUGUCUCUCUUGCCUGGAUUCGUACUUCUCCAAGUACUUUGCAAGUUUUUGUUCAAACCAGAGUCGCUCAAAUACAAAGGUUAACACAACCUAACCAAUGGCAUCAUGUUCGAACCGCCGACAAUCCUGCAGACUUUCUUUCCCGAGGUAUUUUGCCUAGGGCUCUUUUGGAUUGUACUAUGUGGUGGAAUGGCCCACAAUGGCUUAGCCAACCUAAAGAUCAAUGGCCCUAUUCUGCAGCUACUUUUGAAGGAGAACUCCCAGAAGCAAAGGAUUUAUCUGAUACUCUUAGAUACCUUAUUACGAUAUCUCAAAAGGAUGAUUUUGCAGAAGAAAUUCAAACGUUGCAAAGGAGUCAUGCGUUGCCAAGGCAAUCUAAGCUUCUUUCUUUAAAUCCUUUUCUAGACGAUGAGGGUAUUUUACGUGUUGGUGGACGUCUUAGUCAAUCAAAUUUUAGUUUUGAUGUCAAACAUCCAAUACUUCUUUCGUCCAAGCACCAUCUUACAAAAUUGCUUUUUAGACACGAGCAUCUAAGAUUAUUCCAUGCUGGACAACAACAACUGCUUUAUUCAAUUCGUCAACGUUAUUGGCCACUGGCUGGUCGCAAUUUGGCUAAACAAAUUGUUCAUUCCUGCAUAAAAUGCUACCGCUGCAAACCACUGCAACCUUCUCCAAUCAUGGGUAAUCUUCCAAAAGCGCGUGUUACUCCUGCUCCACCCUUUUAUAAUACUGGCAUAGACUACGCAGGUCCAGUAUAUUUGAGUUCAAAAAAGGGAAGAGGAGCCAAGGUUUCUAAAGCGUAUAUUGCGCUAUUUGUGUGCUUUGUGACCAAGGCCACUCAUUUAGAAUUGGUGAGUGACUUAUCAAAGGAUGCCUUCAUUGCUGCCUUCCGGAGGUUUGUAGCACGCCGUGGUAAGCCAAGUAAUGUUUAUUCCGACAACGGAACAAAUUUUGUAGGAGCCAAUUCAGAGUUACGAGAAUUAUCUCAAUUUUUAAAAUCGCAAGAACAUUCUUUACAAGAUAGUAUAUCUAAUAUUGGCGUAAAUUGGCACUUCAUACCCGCAUUCUCACCUCACUUCGGAGGAAUUUGGGAAGCCGGUGUUAAGUCGGCUAAAAGACACUUGACUCGAAUAAUCGGUAGCGUAAAACUUACUUUUGAAGAGUAUUGCACUAUAUUGGCAGAGGUUGAAGCAAUCCUAAACUCUCGUCCAAUCACUCCCAUGUCCUCAGACCCCAAUGACCUAUCCGCUUUAACCCCUUCUCAUUUCCUUAUCGGACAACCGGCAACAUCACUUCCCGAUCCAGACCUUAGAGACAUUUCAACGUCACGCCUUUCAAGAUACCAGCUGAUGCAGCAGUGCCAACAACAUUUUUGGUCCCGCUGGACUCGUGAGUUUCUUAGCGAGCUUCAGUUACGCACCAAAUGGAAAACUCAGCAAGCAGCACUUCAAGUUGGGUCUCUUGUUGUUCUCAGAGAUGACCACUCUCAUCCACUUCAAUGGAAACUCGGUAGAAUCGUCUUACUUCAUCCAGGAUCAGACGGCAUCGCUCGAUAG